AUGGAACUGCUCGGGCGCAGCGACAGGAACCUAUAUCACGCCCUACUCCCGCAGAACUGGCUCUUCACUAUUGCUACCGCUCUGGGUCGGCACACCGAGGUGCACUACUUCCCAACGCACAACUACGUGCUGCGGCUCAUGAGAUACGAGCCCCUGGAGAAAUGCGACAGGCAUCCGCUCUGCGGGCCGCCGCAGCCGACGAAGCACUUCCUCCGCUAUCCCACGCGGUGCCUGACGUGCAUGGACCAGUGGUUCCACGCGCUGCGCCAGACGUCCCACCAGAUGAUCCGCGACGCGCUGCAGCUGCAGGGCCAGCGGCCGCACCCGUACGACGUGUGGCAGAAUCAGAAGAAGGAGGAGAUCACGGCCGAGGUGCAGCGCCUGUUCGACGACAACUUCUCGCGCGCGUUCCAGCUCAUGCAGAACGAGAGCCGCGCCAACGAGCUGCGCUGGGUCGACGAGCUCCUGCGCCGCAUCAUCGCCCACCCCGACAGCGUCGAGUUCUGGGACCUCGUGCCCAUGGGGCCCCGCGAGUACCCCUGGUACGCGUUUGAAGAAGGGCUGGCCACGCGCGCCGUCCAGGUCUCCAUCGACACCGGCCUGACGCGCAUCCAGAUGCUGCCCCUGGAGAACAAUUUCAGUGCCGCCGACGAGAUGGCCGCGUUGCUUCUCAAGAUCUCCAUAAUCCAGGAGGCUUGGGAGAGGGAGCUUGGGGAACGGCUCCAGAGAGCGCAGGCAGAGAAGGAUGCGCUGGCCAAACAGAAUCUGUUUGUUUGA